GUGGUAGCACAUUCCUCUCCCUCCCCGGUAGUGGCAGUCAAAAAUGUCUCCAGAUCUUGCCAAAUGGCCCCUAUUGAGAACCGCUGGGCUGCAGGAGGCCGGACCUGCCUCUGGCCCCAGAAGAUACAAGAACCACCCUGCCGGGUUCUGAUAUUGGAUUCCUCUUGAGUACGCUUAACAUUCAGGCCGCAGAGCUUCGGAAGGCGGGGCUUAUGCAGAUGAGCCGCUGGUUUGCCUGGAAGGCGGGGUAUGCAGAUGAGGGAGGCAGUGCGUGCAUGUUGAUUAGCUGGGCCCGCUGCGGUUCCAGCUGAAGUGGCAUCUUCUUUCGCUCACUUCGUCCCUAGCUCCCUACCCUCUCAGGACCGUUCCCCAUCUUUAGCCUCAUCCAUUUCCCCGUCCUCCUCCCCGCGCCUUUGUCCCCGGUGUCUGAAUAUCUCCACUAGUGGUUACUCCUGCGUUUCUCCCCUCCCACCGCAAACCCCGCGACCUCCAGCAGCCCGCCCUCGCGGGCAGGAUCCUGCCUGACGACUCCUGCCGCAGCCUCUUCAGCCUUCCCGCUCUCUCCCAGGGCUCGCACCACUAAACCCCGGGUUGUCCGUCCUCAGGCUUCCCUGUCCGUCCUCAGGCUUCCCUGUCCCCUCGGAGCCCCCUCCCCCGCCCUGGCCAGCCAGCAUGCAAGUGUCUAUCGCGUGUACUGAGCAGAACCUUCGCAGCCGGAGCAGUGAGGAUCGUUUGUGUGGACCCCGGCCGGGCCCCGGGGCCGGUAAUGGCGGGCCGGUCGGCGGGGGGCAUGGGAAUCCUCCGGGGGGAGGAGGGUCAGGCCCCAAGGCCCGGGCUGCAGUGGUCCCCCGAACCCUAGCGCCCGCUGGCGCCCUCCGAGAGAGCACCCGCCGAGCCACUGGCAUGAAAUACAGGAACCUAGGAAAGUCUGGUCUUCGGGUAUCCUGUCUUGGCCUAGGUACCUGGGUCACAUUCGGUUCUCAGGUCUCAGAUGAGACAGCAGAGGAUGUGCUGACAGUAGCCUAUGAGCAUGGUGUAAACCUUUUUGACACUGCCGAAGUGUAUGCAGCUGGAAAGGCUGAAAGAACCCUAGGCAAUAUCCUCAAGAGGAAAGGUUGGAGGAGAUCAAGCUAUGUCAUCACCACCAAGAUUUUUUGGGGAGGACAGGCAGAAACUGAGCGAGGCUUGAGCCGCAAACACAUCAUCGAGGGCUUGCGAGGAUCUCUGGAACGUCUCCAGCUGGGAUACGUGGAUAUUGUCUUCGCUAAUCACUCAGACCCCAACAGUCCUAUGGAGGAGAUUGUACGAGCCAUGACCUAUGUCAUCAACCAGGGCCUGGCCCUGUACUGGGGGACAUCUCGAUGGGGGGCUGCAGAAAUCAUGGAGGCCUACUCCAUGGCCAGACAGUUCAAUCUGAUUCCUCCAGUGUGUGAACAAGCAGAGCACCAUCUGUUUCAGAGAGAGAAGGUGGAGAUGCAGCUGCCAGAGCUCUACCACAAGAUUGGUUCGCAGCUCCAUCAACCCUACCUUUCCCUUGGCUUCACCAUCACUGAGAUCCCUUUCCCCACACAUCCAAUCCUCUUCUUAGGUGUUGGCUCAGUUACCUGGUCCCCUCUAGCCUGUGGCCUCAUUACUAGCAAGUAUGAGGGGCAAGUCCCAGAUACCUGCAGGGCCACCAUUAAGGGCUACCAGUGGCUCAAGGACAAAGUGCUGAGUGAGGAUGGCAAGAAGCAACAAACCAGAGUCAUGGACCUUCUUCCCAUUGCUCACCAGCUGGGCUGCACUGUGGCACAGCUUGCUAUUGGUGCUGAGCCAACUGACCCCGCAGACGGUGACAGAGAUAGACGGACUACUAGGGAGCACACCACAUUCCAAGAAAUAGUCCUUCAGGGGCGCAGGGCCCCCAGCCUAGAUCUGCUGCACCCCUACCCAGAACUGCUUCGCCGCAGCAGCCUCCCUCCUGCUCCGGUUUCCCCACACACAGCAGUCACAACGAGAGUGGCCCCGACCAUUAACGAGUUCCGGCUCGAGUAGCAAUACGCAUGAACAAAGCCAUAUCCUUCCGCAACGGGGCUUGAGAGGAAAAGUAGUUCACCGCCCUCUGCUGCGCUCUCCUAAGCCUUCUUGCUAAUCCCAGGCAUGAGCUAUUGGGCUGUUCCCUCUCUGCUAUUUGGUCUCGCUCUUCUCAAUUCCCACAAUCCCCAAGGCCCAUUAAAAAAAAAAAAAUACACGGCAGAUAAAAGAAUUAUGCAGAGUACCUCAAAAGUAGCCCUUAAAAUGUCAUCAAGGGGUAAUAACCUAAUAAGAGAGUUGUGAUGUCAUCUGGGACAAAGGAAAAUGGGGCUUUUACGUUAUUCAGUAAUACAAAGGAAGCCAGGCUGGUCCUGGCAGGAAGUUAAUGAUAAAGUUAAUGAAAACCAGGACCCUGCCUUCCAGCCAGGAGGUGUAAGGGGGCUUAAAACUACAAUUGGUGUUCUUUGUUUCUGCCAAGAGGCGGAAUGUAGGGGUGGGGAAUACAGUGACAUAUCACUGACAAAAAUAGAGGGAAAUUUGAUGGCAGAUGUAUAGCUUGGCCAGGGUGGCCCUUGGAAAACAAUUGGGCUGUGCUUCUCAGGAAAUAGUAACAGCCUUUAAGGUCACAGCAGAGAUAUGGGGCUGACCACGUCUGCGGAUAGAGUUUGAGCCUUGAGCAGGACUUCCUACCUGGCCUUAGGGGACUAUAGUUUUCCUCCUGGCAAUAAUCUUAAAGCAAUAAUGGUGGCCCCUCUUCUGUAAGACUUUCCAGGGAAUUGUAAAUAAAAUCUCAGCUUGAUCCUCACCGUGUCUGAAAUUACAAGGAGUUGGGAGGCGAAGGUCUCAAUCUCAGAUAUCUGGCCCUCUAGCCCCCUGGCAUUAAAAAGCUCUAGUAUUA